AUGCAACCCAGACGGAAGGCCUUGGUCUUCGCCGCACUCUUCCCCACCCUCAUCGCCCUCUCCGGCGCCGAAGACACGUUGUUUCCCGGCGAUCCCUUGAAAGACGACAGUUCCCUGAUCUCCUCCGAUGGGAGCUUCAAGCUGGGAUUCUUCACGCCGGGGAAGUCGAAGUUCAGGUUCCUGGGCAUCUGGUACAACCAGAUCCCCGUCCAGACGGUGGUCUGGGUGGCCAACCGUGACAGCCCCCUGCCGGACAGAACGGGCGUCCUAUCCAUCUCCAUCAACGGCAGCCUCUCCCUCUCCGACUCAAAGGGGGUGGUCUACUGGUCGACGCCUUCGACGAGACUUGCCGGGCCAGUAGCCAAGCUUCUGGACGACGCCAACUUCUUCGUGGCCGGCGCCGGCGGAGGUGGGAACGCGUGGCAGAGCUUUGACCACCCCACGGACACCCUCCUCCCCGGGAUGAAGUUGUGGGUCGAUCGCCGGACUGGGUUUACCAGAAACUUCACUUCAUGGAAGUCCGACGACGACCCUGGCACUGGGGACUCCACCCUCUUCUUGAACCCUAAUGGUGUUCCGCAGAUGAUCUUAGUCCAGGGUUCCAAGCGGGUGUGGAGUUCGGGGCUGUGGGUAGGAAAAGAAUUCAGCGGCAUCCCGGAGAAGAGAAGCUACGAGGAUUUCAAUUUCUCGGUCAUAUCAAACGACGACGAAGCCUACUACCAGUUCACAACCCGGGAUAAGACUGUCCUUUCAAGGCUGGUGGUGCAAUCCAAAGGAAUGUUACAGCGGCUGAUCUGGAUAAAGGAAAAGGGCACGUGGAACGUCUAUUAUUUUGCACCCAAGGAACCCUGCGACGCUUUUGGCCACUGUGGCAUCUUCGGGAUCUGCGACCCCAACGAGUCUCCGACGUGUAGUUGCCUACAAGGCUUCGAACCCAGGUUGCAGGAUAACUGGAAUCUCAGGGACUGGAAUGACGGUUGCAGGCGAAGAACGCCGGUGGAUUGCAAAAAUAACACCGACGGGUUCGUCUUGGUGGCUAACGCGAAGCUUCCUGACACCUCGGUUGAGGUGGUGAUUUAUAACAUGGGAACGGAUGAGUGCAGGGAGGAGUGUCUGAGGAAUUGCUCCUGCGCCGCCUAUACCACUGACGUGUCCAUUGAGGGCGGCGGGAGCCGCUGCAUACUGUGGAAUGGCGUGUUGACGGACCUCCGGGUCUUCGACAAUGGCGGGCAGGACCUGUUUGUCCGUCUCGCACGUGCCGAUCUAUGUACGUCCGGAGAAACCUAUUUUCAGCCUGUGUGA